GCAGUCGGCUUGGCUCUCGCUUAGUCGCUGCGAUACUCGAUUCUCGGUGACGGCCUGUCGAUUCGAGUGAGUGUGCCUCGAUACCGAUUUAUCGCAAUUGGCUAUCGCGUACUGCAUCCGUGCGCACGUCCGAUCGAACAGCCGCUCGACACAGAAAAACGGACAGAAAGAGAGCGAGGAAAAAAAGAGAGAGAGAGAGAGAGAGUGAGUGAAACGACUAAGGAAGCAAGAGCGAAAAAGAGAGAAGAGAGAGAGAGAGAGAGAGGGAGAGGGAGAGAGAAAAAAAGAAGCCGCGAGAGAAAGUGACCACCGGUUUUUUCGGUCCCUCUUCUUGCAACGGAAACGCGCGGCCGCUUCAGUCGCUCACGAAGCCACGGUAACAGCGCGAUUCGCGUCGCGUCGCGUCUUCUCCUCUUCGAUCAAAAAUCAGGAAUCCUCUCGAGCAGGCAGAUCGCGACGGAUCGUUGUGAUGAGAUCGGCAGAGUGUCGCAGUUCGCCGGCCUGGACGGGCCAGGCUCGAUUGUCUUGCGCGGUGAUAGUGCAGUGUUGAAGAAGAAACCGAACCACGCGCAGUGCUCGACACGGUUAUCGGACGAGACACGGGAGUCGUUCACCUCGAAACGUCACCAGGCACGGGCAGGCGACAGAAGGAAGCUUCGUCUCUGAAAAGCGCAUCGCCGGACAAAAGGGGAACGCGAACGAGAAUCGAGGGAGUUGCGAGAGGAAAAUCGAUCGUUCCGGACCGUUCGGCGAGAAAUCUAUCGGUCGUACGGUCGACGAGUGACAACAAUUAAACGGUGCCCGCGGUAGCCGAGAACUUUAUCCCGGUUCGAGGACGCGACAACAAAGGUCGAGUCGGUUAACCGAGUGUCUUUAUUUGGCCGGGGGAACGAGUUUCCAGCAAGGGCUCGACCUAGCAGAAAAUAAAGAAACAAACGGCCGCGAACAAAAAGUCCGCGGAGACUCGGUUGGCCGGUUUCGCGCGAUUCCCUCGGGUCAACGAUCUGUUCGUGGAUCUCGGAGCGGUUCGUUUCUCGGUACGUACCUGCACGGACAAGUCCGGUCGAUACGAUACACGGUUGGAACCUGUCCGUGUUCGUGUACCGAUAGCAGGCAACCGAGCACGUUUCACGAGGAGUGAAAAGGCGGUCACUCGGUACACCGCCGUGGCUGCUUUCACCGGCAAUGGAAUAAUGCCGAUCAAGCCUUAACGGUACGCAACUCGUACCUUCCGUAUUUCCCUUCGCACGCAGCCCCGGUGAAAAUGAUCGCAGGCCUCGGGUGAGGGACCGUGUUCUUUGUGAGAUCAGUGAUACGUCGCGUGUUUUUUUUUCUUUUUUCGGCAACGUCGAAUUCGUUCUUCGUCUGGUGGUCUUUUGCAGUUCAGUGGUUCGUUCGUUCGUUCGUUCGUUGUGUUGUUAAAGGCGGUUCGGCAACAGUGCUCGGAUAGGAUAAGGUGUCGUUACCCGGCGGCGUAGCAUGGAAACCAAGAUGUACAUCAGCAACGAGGCCCACAACAAUGGUCACGCGGCCACCAAGUACGCGUCCACCAACUCCAUACCCUCGAUGAUGGAGGACGAGUCGUCGUUCGCGAAAUUGAUCGGCCAGCAGCGAAGGGACUCGAGCGCUAUCUUGCGUGACAAUAAGGGACGGAGGCACAGCGUGCUCGAGGAUCUGAAGGCGCGAAGGGACAGCCUGUUCCAGAAGGCGAGGCGCGGCAGCGUCGUCGAGGAGAAGGAGCACGCGAAACUGGUGCAAAAGGAGAAGAGACGCAGCAGCGACAGCGGCAGACGCGGCUCCGUUUUCUACGUGUCCCAGGAUCUGUUGGAGGAGAACCAAGAGGUGCUCGAGGACGAGCGGAUGCAGGAUCUCGACGCGAAGAAGGGCAGACGAAAAUCCUGGCACCCGCUCGCCAAACCGCCGAAACUCGAUCGGAAAAGGAGGAAAGGCAUCGCCGGCGUCCCGACGCAAGUUGGCAGCACGGACGGACUCUACGCGCAGACUAGACAGAAGAGACCCUCCUGGUGGAAUAUAUUCGUGCCUGACUCCGUUGGCAGGUCCAGGCGUAUGUCCCAGGAUGUCACGCACUCGAGAUCCACCGAGAACCUCAGCUCAUCUUAUUUCAGGAGCAAGAGCCGCAGCGUGGAUCAUGGAUUCACGACGCCUUUCGAUUUGGAUUCGUUACGGAACAAGGUCGAAGGACGCUUCGAGUCCGUCGACAAGCUAUCGAAAGAUUCAGACAGCGAAAGCAAAGAUGGAUCGACAACCCAAGAAAAGAAACAUGGCCGCGUCUCACAGCCCAUCAACACCAUCGCCUACGCGGUGGGCGAUAGGGACACGCUCACGUCGGUGGCAGCGAGGUUCGACACAACGCCAUCCGAGCUCAGCAAAUUGAACAGGCUCGGAAGUACUUUCAUUUAUCCCGGUCAGCAGUUAUGGGUACCGGCGAAAGGAGAAGGUCGACCAGGAGGCGGAACCGCGGCCGACGCGCCCAGCCCGGAUCCAUGCCACGACCACGAGUCCCAGGAUGACCUACCUCCCGAAGAAAAAGAACUUCUGGAUAACUUGAGGCCUGUCUCACCCAAACCAGGCCAUAUGGAACGAGUUAAAACACCUCUUGGUAUAUCAAGUACAGUCAUACAGGAGGAAGAACAACCAUAUAAGGAAAGAUUUUUGAAAAUUGAUGUUCGCCAUGUCACCGAUGGCCAGGGUGUUAUUGGUGGAGUACUGUUAGUCACACCAAAUGCAGUGAUGUUUGACCCCAAUGUAUCGGAUCGACUUGUCAUCGAGCAUGGAGCAGAGUCAUAUGGUGUUAUUGCUCCAAUGGAGUUCAUAGUGAAUGCUGCAAUUUACUAUGAUAUUGCCCACAUGCGUGCUUCUCACAGAGAGCCAGCAAACUUGGACAAGAAACCAGAAAUUUAUUACAUGAAAAAACCCAUGCAAAAUGAUAAAAGUCAAUCAUCAGGGAAAGACGAAACUUUUCCAGAACUAACUACGGACGAUAACGAGAGCGUUUGCAGCUGUGCAGAGAGAGAUGGAGAUGCUUUUCCAAAGGCCUUUGAGAGAGAUCUCGUCACCCCUACUAAUAUUCAAACUGAAGAAACUACAACGACAACCAAAGAAAAAGAAGAGGACAAGGAAAAAGAGACUAAAGAAGUGGAGUCUGACGGUGGGCAAGCAAUUAGGACAUUAGAGGAACGUAGACGUUCUAUGCUUGAUCACCAUUGGGCAGUCCCUAGUAAAGAUCGAUGUACAUUAUCAAUCGAAGAUGAGCAACAAGAUUCAUUAAAUUCUGACAAGACCGAACCCACGAAAACGAAGCCGAAUGCCGAAGAUGAAGAAGGAUCUCUAGUCAAAUUGUCAUGCCACGACUCUGGUAUCGACAUUCGUGACCCUAAUCCCCCUUUCCCAGUAGUUGUACCUAUUCCCUCAAAGAAAGUAUACUCAGACGCAGAUAUUGUCUUAUCUUCAGAUUGGGUACCUCCUAUUACUAUUGCCCCGACGAACAUUACAACUGAUACUCUUGAUAGUGGUUCUGCUAUAAAUGGCAGAAAAAAGGCGAGUUCAGUAUCUUUUAGCUUAGACAGUAAUGCGGAGGAACCCGAGAAAGAUGAGGAGCACAAGGAUGACGAUAAACAGGAGACUCGUAGGAAUAAGAUGUUAAAGAGAUUGUCGUAUCCAUUAUCGUGGAUGGAAGGAUUGACUGGUGAGAAAGAAGACGAAAAUAAGUCCGGAUCUGAUAAAGUUGCAAGCUUGCCGAACAGUGCGGAUUCUCAUCAUUCGUCUGUCUUCAGUAAAGUUUUCUCAAGCUCGCCGAUCAACCUGGUGAGUGACUUUAGCUCGGGCCUGUUUGCUAAAACUCCCAGCGAAGAGAGUGGUGGGGGCGGUAGGACUGGAGGAACACCUCCUCUUACCGCCUCCUCUCUCUCCCAGGACUCCAGCAAUCCUCAGUUUUCACCUGGUCCAGGAGGGCUUAUGGGACGAUCCUCUGUUGGCACAUUCAUCAGACAACAGCCAUUAACAUCCUCGGGCAGCAGCAGCGUUGACAGCAGCCGAGGUAGCAAAACUUCAACAGCGGCACCACGAUUGGACUACCGUAGUAUGGUCUCUGUCGACGACAUGCCUGAACUGUUCGUCAGUUUUGACAUCCAAGCACCUAAUUUUCCCGAACUCGAAGGCCUCGAACUUAUACCGCGACCAGCCCGUUCCUGCGAGGAUCCACCAUUGUACCUGAGACUGCGCACCGGAAGACCAAAGGAUAAGAAGAUCCCGCGGUCCACGCCCAUCAUGAGCUACGGAAAGAAGAAGCUGCGACCUGAAUACUGGUUCAGCGUGCCUCGCGAUAGGGUGGACGACCUCUACAGGUUCAUCCAUGCGUGGGUGCCGUCGCUCUAUGGAGAACUCGACGAAAAUUAUUGGAGGGAACGGGGCUACAUCCUGUCGGACACCGAUACGGAUCUGUCGCCGGAAUUGUCGCCCCACGAAGCCGGCGAGGCCGGCGAAUCCACGGAGGACGGCAAGGCACGUCAAGAUGGUGACGAAAUCUCCGACCUGACCAGGGAAUCGUGGGAGCUGAUCAAGGCCCCCUACGUAAAGCUGUACAGCAUCCUGAAGACGUCGAGCACGUCCGCGGAUUCGGAGCAGAUCCAGGACCCGGAGGUACUGUCUAUGAGCGAAGAAGUCAGGCGAGCCCUCUAUGCAAACAGUGCCAUCUCCCUAGACAAUGAAGUCAUCGUGCCAGAUCUUGUAGGAACCACAGAAAUCCUCGGCGAUGAGCACAGAGAACAACUGUGCCGGCACUUGCCAGCUAGAGCAGAAGGCUAUCUGUGGACCCUCGUCUUCAGCACCAGUCAACAUGGUUUCAGUUUAAACAGCAUGUACAGAAAGAUGGCCAAGAUAGAAAGUCCCAUCCUGUUGGUCAUCGAGGACACCGAGGGCAAUGUCUUUGGUGCAUUAACUUCUUGUGCUCUCCACGUGAGCGACCACUUCUAUGGGACCGGUGAGUCCCUGCUCUUCAGGUUCACACCCAGGUUCCAGGCAUUCAACUGGACAGGGGACAACUUGUACUUUAUUAAAGGGAACAAUGAGAGUCUUGCUAUCGGUGCUGGAGAUGGCAAGUUUGGACUGUGGCUGGACGGCGAUCUGUAUCAAGGCAGAACACAGUCCUGCAGCACGUAUGGAAAUGAGCCGUUGGCACCACGCGAGGAUUUCGUUGUGAAAACACUAGAAUGCUGGGCAUUCAUAUAGGACACAGCCACCUCCUACACGUUGUCCAAAACUACGCCCUCGCCGCAGCCUAAUUUGACUUGAACUCGACAGUCUCGUGGAGGUUGAUCGUCCCCAGGAGAGAUUACAGGAAGACUAGAAUUUCUAAGAGACAAUUACCAGACGAGAUUAAAUCGACUAACGGGUUUAACCAUAACUAACGGCUGGUUAAAUCACUUUACCGAUCGAUCAUCGACCGAGGAAUCAGAUGUAUGGGACUCUGUUCACGAGAAAAGAGAAUUUUGUGAUUUCGAAGGAAUUCUUCCCUGGAACGAAAUGGGGGAGAGAGAGUUUGGAGACGGAGGCGAAGAAAGAUAUGAUAACAUGGCGACGAUGUGAUGUUACAACGUCGGAACGUCAGAACGUUGACCCACUGGACUAUAACAAUUUAUCAAUUAUCAUUUAAAUUGUCCUAUUUGUUUUUCUAUUUUAAGUUGUCGUAUUUAUUUUAUUUUUUAUAUAUAUAUAUAUGUAUACACGAGAACACACUCAUACACGUGUUACGUUGAACGAGUCGUUAAUGUUGAUUUCAAUUGUCGCGUGUCGUUGAGGAUUGGAAAGAUCGACGACAAUGAUUUGUAUUUUUUUUUCUUUUUUGUUCACUUUCGCCCAUUAUAACUCGUCGAUCGCCGCUUCGAACUAGUCGCGAGAAUCAUGAGAGUGUAACGAAGCGUGAAUGAUCCGAAUACGAGAUUGAUCGAUGAAACGGUGACAAGAAUGUGUGAUAAAUGAUAAAGAUUACGCGUACGAGAGGAAGGGGAAUCGCGUCGUCGAAGUCGGAGGAAAAUGAAAUACUAGAGAAACGAUAAUAACACACACACGACACCAAGAGAAAAAAUGUUAAGCUAACCGUUUGUUGAUGUGUAGAUAAAUUGUAGAUAGUGAAUGUAAAUAUAUAUAUGUAUUUGCCAAUCGUGUUAACGGUAAAGAAGUUAAUUUUAAAGGAACAUAAUUAUAUACGCUAAAAAAAAAAACGAGAGGAAAACGUCGCUAAUGAGGAACACCUUGUGCAGAGCUCGUCACACACACGUUACAAUGCUGGAUGAGAAAAAAAAGGACACACGCUGGUUACGUACACACUGUGUCACAGAAAUUGCGCGAGAACCAUUGAACGAUACUCUGGAAGCGUGAUCGCGAUCCGAUGUAAACGAUCUAGGAUCUGAGAACAAGUAGCUUUAGAGAGGUGUUAUUCUUCGUACUGAUCUUUUAAACGAAAAGAGAAAAACAAUUGCGAUUAAAUGCAACUCUGAUUGCGUGAUCAACACAUACACACACACGCGCGCGCGCGUACACGUAUAUAUACACGUGCAUAUACAUACUACGCAACAUACAAAUUUACGAAGAACAUGUUUUCGCGACCUACGUACUCUUAUGGUGAACAACAUGCUUCUUGAGUCUCGAAUAACCACAACGAACACACACGCCUGUGCCUCGCUUCGCUCUCUUUCUUUCCCUACGCUAGAAACAAGUGCAUAACCCUACAUGUCAGAUCCUGAGUAAAUCAGAGUCAAAGCAUGUUCUCCUUAUAUUUAGAAUCACACGCCACUGCUAAAAGUAUUUGUACGUUCUCCUACAACAAACCUGGGCUGGCUCGCGAAACGUACCGAUUUAUUUUUGUAUGACAUAUUGAUUAUUGACAAAAUUGAACUUUAAAAGAUAUCUCUAGUUUUAUUUCGACUUCUGAUUUGAAAUAGCUUGAGAUUUUGUGCGCCAGCCUAUCGAAAGAGACAGAAAGACAUUUAUCACUGAAUAACACAUCGUUUCACAGCUUAUUGACAUCGAAAAUAGUUGUUCAAGAUAAAUAGAUGUGCAUAGAUACUUUCUGGACUCGCCGCAGAUCAGACUAUUGGAGAACACAGACAAUAAAGUGGAAUGUUAGCUGCUUAGUUCUCAUAUAAAUGUAUUGUAGAUGAAACAAACAUAGUGGCUAGCUUGGUACGUUUAAUAAUCUUCAAGAUUAUUGAAGUUUCACGUUCAUUUGGUCAGCCCGAAUUAACGGGCUAGCAAAAGAACGACGCGUGCCACCAUAUUUGUUUCAACCACGGCAAAUUCCUCUUCUUCACACGUUCUUGUUUCGUCACUGUGCCUCACUGUGGUAUGCAUGUAACGUAGUAUUCAUAGAAAUAGAGUGAGGAGAGGGUAAGAACAAAUGAAAAAUUCAAAAGUGAAGAAAACUUUUCUAACUCGGAUAUUCCUGGAACCUAGGAUCGCUGGACUGUUGACGUUCAUGCAAAUAUAGAUCUCAAGGAAUUAAUCUAUGAGUUCUAUACCGAUCAAAGUAUGCUACAAAUGCAUCAAAUUCGAAUCUAGUGAUUCUCAAAGAUGAAGACACAAUAAUUCACACGAUUCAUCCGAUCAAGAAGAGGAAAACGCAAACAUUACUAUUUCAUAUGAUAAUGUUCGCUCGGCUCUGAUAAUAGAAACGGUGCCGAUCCAACAUUAACGCCAAUCACAAGACCACGGAACUGUCCACGAGCUUAUAGUCCCUACAUUAAAAUUAGAAUCAAUCGACUGUGUCGCCCACCAUUUCUACCGCUUUGUAAAACAUUCACCGAUUUCCGUUUCGUUGAGCGAGACAAAAAUAGCCUAGAGAGAUUGUAUACUUGUUUAACGGUAGAAUAGCCGUCACUAGGAAAGGAGUUUUGAUAAUCGAUUUUAUAAAUUGAUUUUUGCCCCUCGGGCCCAGAUCAUCGGCCGUUCGUAAGCCCGAGAGACGGAUUUUUCUAGCGGCUCCACAACGAGAUGUUACUUAUCGAGAAUAAAACGAAAAUGAAGAAAAAAAUCACUUCUACGCGAGAGAACGCCCUUUUAUACCGUAGAGAAUAUACCAUUCCUUCCAUUUUACUAGGAAACAGUUUCUAACUUGUAUCGUUUCUACGAUUUUCGAUCUUCGUACUUCUUGGGGCCGCUUAUUUUUUUUUUGAACCUUGCACUACCAGCAUUUUGUCUCUUUGAUCAUGCAAAAAUAUGUAUUUCUUUUCUUAUUUCAACGUGGAGAAGGCGAGAAAUGAGUAAUACUUUGAACUCUCAUCGAUUUCUUUUUAGGUUUUUGUCCUGCUGACAGUGCAAGGCUUGAAAAAAAACAUUAAUCGGGAAUUCGCGUGAUCAUGAUUGUUCUUGAAUUAAACGGUGGCUUAAAAACACAGCACAACAGUAACUGCAUGGAAAAAUGUUCAGAGUGUACGCUCACUUCCGGUGCCGCGGACGAUCGGAAACUGCGCGAAAGACUGAUACGGCGGAUGGAUCACGAGAAUCGUAGAUCUGAACGAGACAAAAGUAUCCGUGCACUGGUUAUGAAACGCACUUGUAGAAGAAAAAAAAUCACACAAAAUGAACGAAAAACGAAACAUUGUUGGAUAGUAGAGAACUCCAUGGAGCACGGUUUCAAACAGAAUAAGAAAAAGAGAGAGGGUGGAAAAGCACAAAGCGUAUUAAAUUCAGCAGGCAGCUUGUUAGAUUAGUUUUCGGGUAUGCCGAUAACACCGAAUUACGACACAUUUGCAUAACGUGGUCUUAGGAUUUUCAAUAAUAUGUACUUUCUACGUCGAGAUGGGCAGAAUUUCGUUCCAACGAUGAACGAUCGAUGUAGAUAGAUUUCAUUUUCGCUUUUCGUUGUAAAUUCACGCAGAAAAUGUUGUUCUGUUCAUUAUUAUUCUUUCUUUUAUCGCUUGAUUUUCUAAAUUUGCCCAUCUCUGCUUUUGUGAUACCGAUGGAGUGAGCAACAUACUCUUCUAGAUUAUGCGAAGGCGCUUUCUCUCGGAUGGAAGUACAGCGAUCAAAGUCGAAUCAAUCAACUCGUAGAACCUCAACUUAAUGAAACGAAAAAAAAAAAAAACAUUAGCCAAGACAAUACGUAAUAUUAAAUGCAAGAAAGAGAGGAAAGAAAAGCGGAGUGCUUGACCGUGGAAUUUUCUUUCUCUUCUGUUUUUAAAAAAAUGACUCACUACCCUCGCCUUCGUGCCGAAUAUCACGGUGUUAAUGUACAUUAGAAAGAAAUAAAAAGAACAUGAUGUGUGUCUGAGAAAACACGUUCCUUUUGUUUGUUUGUUUUUUUUUCACUGUAUUUCGCUCGAUGUACAUGUAUUAGGAUUUGAAUCGGUUUCCACGACUGUCAGAUGGAAGAAGUAAAACGUCUAGAUUAGAUUGUCGCGUUGGAAUUACGAAAGUGUAAUGGUUCACUUCUAACUGCUUCGGACGAUCAUAUCUUGGAUCACAUCAUUUAUAAUGCUUAAAGAAGCUUUUACCGACCCUCGGAAAGCAUGUAUGGAUCAGGUGUGCUCGUGUUCUCGUACUUGAACCGUAGGGGAUGCUUGAAACCAUAGUUGUGAAUUUUUUCAAAACGUUUCGAGCACUUGAAAUAUAUCAAAAUGAAUGUGAACACGAAUGAUCUGUACGCGCGAUUUUAGGGUAUCUAAAACAUGCGUCGUCGCAACGCUAAGUCUUUGAUACUUUGAGUACAAGUACAAUGCUCAAAAUGAUUAAACAUAGUGCAUACUCUAAGGGGUAAACAGAAACUCUACAAUGUUAUAGAAGUUAGAGCCCCUUUGAAACGAGGCAAUUACCGACUGAUAUCUCAUUCUCAGAGUAUAUUCACGCGUUGUCAACUUUUAAAACUGUAAUCGAACAAUACUUGAGGUAUCCGAGAAUAUGUCUGGAGAAUGAGUUUUUAGUAAUACGUGGUUCACUAAAUUAAAGACUCCUUCUUGCUUUAAGCAAUUAUAUUAGGUUGUUGCAACAUGCUUUUUGAUAGAACUUGGAUAUUUUCAAACGAAUUUGUACACAGCGUUACACGAUAUAUGUACAUGUAUAUAUUUAUCCUCUGCUUGUUAUACUUUCUCAAUAAUAUUUCUAAGAACAUUUACUCCAGCGAAGGAUGAAAUUCGAUUGUUUCGUUUCAUAUGAAGUGCUUAGAACAUGUGUAUGCAGCAACCUACUAUAACUUCUAACUGGUAGGGGUUCUUCAUAGCCACAGAUAUCGUAACGAACAACCACCAAGUAACUAUCGCCGUGCUUUUGUCUACUGCUUGGAAGGAUUCUUUUUCUUCUUCUAAACGAAGCGUAUUCCAUCUUAAACGUUAGGGACGUUUCCAGGACCCUAGGUGUCGUCUAAACCUAAAACAUACGCAACUGCCUCCACAAAAAGAGAAAACUGUAGCCGUAGAUUAAGCGUGUCACGUGAAAUCCGGGAAGAGAUACCUAACCUUAACUAACGACGAUGCUCUUUCCUGUACGAUCGAUCGUGAUUUUAAUUCAAAUGCGAUCUCGAACGCUGCACGUUACCUGACGGUCUUCGACAAGCUACGAUCUGCGAAGACAAGCUCAUUGCACGAUACGAUAGAUAUCAUCAAAUGAUUCACCGGGCAAGUAAGAUCACCAAAAAUCGAUGAUAUCUUUCGACGUGCAACUCGAGCUGUUUGGAAGAUGACCGAGAAUUUUUCGGAAACGAUAUCCUUUACUGUCAGAGAUGAUCCAAUUUUACCGAUACAUUCAAGGAUCAGUUUCAUUCGGAAUUGUUUUCUAAAGAGAGGCGUUCCGUUAAACUCUUAAGAUCGAGAGUAAACUUGUUUAAGAAUAUCGAUCGAACGACAUAUCCACUAACUCUACCAUUUUGGCUUUCAUCGAGGAACGAAAAUUCUGAUCACCCAAGGUUAAUCGACGAAGAUCCAAUAUUACCGUUCAUCGCGUGUACAUAGAAUCGUACAGGAUGUUCCAAAUAACGUGCAGUACACGAUUUAGAAUUUCGACGGCGUUCUUCGGCAUCUCUCGAAGCACCUGUAGUUAGGCGACCAUACCCGCGCCGCUUAAUUAGGCGAGUUACCAUGCAAUAAGUUGAAAAAGUAUUUGAAUCGUUAAAACGAUAAGAGCAAUGUUUGAUCGCGAACAGGGCUCGAAAUUUCGAAGGAAUUAUUUCAAAGAAAAGUUGCGCGACUCUUUUUGGAAAACAUCGAGUGGAAUUUUCCUCGUUUCCGAGACACCCUGUAUAAGCAUCGCUAUAUCUGUGAUUUCUGACAGUAACAGGACGCGAAAAGGUUUUUCUACCAAAGCAUUAAUUGUUCCUCGACUAUAGGGAAGUUCACUCAUCUAUCUUGAACACGUUGAGGUUAGUUAACUGUUAAAUGUAGAACCGUUUAAGUAUAAGCAUAUAGCUUUCUGCGUUCGUAUAAGAAACAUAGAGGAAAGUAGGGUGACUUAAGGAAUCUCUGCUGCAAAACCAGUAUAAGGUUCACACGUGAACACACCCUAAUAUAAUCGCAAAACCGUGUAUGUUAAUAAUCGUAGUUUGAUUAGCGGCGGUUAGCGUGCUAAACGAAGCAACAAGCGAAAACAUAACGUGAGAAAACCAAACAUAUUCAAACGGGGACGUCAAACGGGGAGGACGAAGCGACAAAUACUCGACGGGGUGGAGACCUUUGGUAUACACAUUGUCAAUUAGAUUCAGACUGAUCGCAGGGAUUGAAACACGCAUUCCAAUUGAGAAACAAAAAAACUCGAUGUUCUUCGAUGUUUAGCUAGAUAUUGUUGUCGUCGUCGUCGUCGUCGUUGAUAUGAUCGCCGAGCCGCGAUCCUGCGCCUCGAUCCGACAUAGCGCGAAGAUAGAGCGGCGAGAAAAGAACUUUGGUCUGAAGUGUUUCAAUGCAAGGUAUCCAAUUCUCGCUAUGUCGUUCGAUUUUAGUCUGUUGUACACGUAGACAGCUACUUGUACUGGAAACGAAAAAUCGUAGGAACGUAGAUAAACACAAUCUUUCACGUCUGAUGCUCUCGAUUCAACGUUACUUUUUAAUGUUCUGUUUCUAGUAAUUACUUCCUCGUCACACGUUCACGGUUGCUGAAAGAUAUUUGUUUGUUUGGAAAUAAGUCGAGACUACACACAUGUGCUAACAGAUUCUUUAGACGAUAGUAACCUAUUAUUGGAGAAAAAAAAGUGCUGGAAAACACGUUCGGUUUAUUUCUUAGCGAGGAAUUAGAACCUUGUUUACCCGUUGUUGAUUUGCGUUCGAAACCAAUUUGACCGUAGUCGAUUAUGAUUUCUGUAGUACUUACCUUUGCACGAGUCGUUUAGUGCCACGGAGUAAAUUGUGUGUUUACCGAAAUUUGCGUUAAUCACACGUAGAUCUACCGUAUAACCCACUCGCAAACACGAAAUACGUACAAGACUCGAAUAUCUAUCCUUCGCGAACCGCUGAAACGAUAUUCUCUAAGCACAUUUUUACACAGUCCGCAUCAUCUCGAUCAGAAUCAUCGAUCAACUUUUAUUGGUGAAAGUUUAAUCGCAACCGAUCAGCCGAUGUCUAUCCAUGAUUUUUAUCCGAUCGCGUAGAUCGCGGUAACAAGAACUUCUUUACGGCAUCAUUUCGAGCGAACGUUCUCCAUUGUAUCUUCGAUUUUAAGAUUAAGUCUCAGUCCGCAUCGAUCGAACCUGUUCUCCGAUCACCGAAUUUUUACAUCGAGAGGCCCCUCUGCAAUGAUAAAACCAUCGCAUUAUAGUUAAAACAAACAUGUCAAGCUCAUCUCAUUCGUUCUAUGUUUUGAGGGGAAGCAUUAUCGAGUGAUAAAAACAUAUCCUCCGUACAGGAAGUUUAAUCUAAUCGAUCUAAUGUCAGAAGAUAGGAGAUUUUGAUCAGUGCUAUCCAACGUGCAAUGGAAAUAUGUAAUUCCUAUUAUUACAACAAUAACGACCUGGUUUGCUCAGCACGAGCAUAAAGAUCCUCGCCAAUAUUCCUCCAAAGAAACCGCAGAGAUGAUUGAACGUUUUACUAAAUUUCUGCCGUUGCAAUUAGCAGCUAUCGACGAGAACUAGCAGAAGUUCAAUACACUUACGUUUGGGAUUGGGAUAGCACUGGUUUAGAGAAAACGAAAACACGUUUAAGGUAUCGGGAAAGGGUCCGGGGCGAUAGGGGAGACGAAGGGCCCCUCGAAUCACACACACAACUCUCUGGACCAAUAAAUUUUACACUAAUUGUACUGUCGCCUAAAUCGCCGCUUCCGUGGAAGUUAUAUAAAUCUCCCCGUCUCUGGAUCCUACGACAAAAAAAGACAAGCUAGGGACGCAUCAGCUAAACCAACGAUCAUUCCCGCGUUCACAGAGCAACAAAGAACAAACCCACAACAACAGUACACUGUGUGUCUAUCGUAAUCGUAUAUUAGUCAACUGUAUAUCGUGUAUGUUGAAUUAAUCGUACGACGAGCCACUGAGCCAGGCAAGAAAGGGAACACGUCCGCAAUGAACUUUCGUGAAAUCCCUGGAAUCUAAGCGAUAUUUGCGUACUGAGAACUUUAACAAAUUCUUUCAUCUUUGAGCUACAUGAAUUUUGUCAAAAUUCUACAACCUCUUUAGGGGAAACUAUCACUAGAAAACAAUUUGUGAAGAUUAUUUUACGUUUUCUUACACAUUUUACCCAUUGUACUUUUUAAGAUUGUUACCUCGAAAUUACACGAGCGAAUAAUUUUACUAGAUACAUAUCUCCACGGAGAUAAACUCCGCGAUCUUGACAAUAUAAUAGUGGACGUGUCCCCUUGAUAUCAGAAAAAACCACGUGCAUAAAUAAACAGAAGAGAGCUACGCUGCUCUUGAACGGAACAAAACGGUGUGUAUGUACGUAUGCAUGUAUAUAAGGCAUAUAACAAACCCUCUAUACAAACUACACAAUGCGGGAGGUAUGUAUGUGUGUAUAUACGACACACGUGUACAUUGCGUAUACAUAUUAUACAUAACUUAGCGUCGCAGCGUGCAUACACAGCAAGAGGACCGUAGCGCAAAGGAGGCCACUAUACAUAUAUACAUAAUGAUAUACAUACAUAUAAAUAUAUACAUAACGAGGAUUAACUGUAACGUUGUAAAGCUGAGUGAAAUGACGGCACAGAGUUACUAAGAGUAAUAAUGAAAACGCGAGACAAGAUAGCAAACGAGAGUAAGAGAGAGAGAGAGAGAGAGAGAGAGAGAGAGAGAGAGAGAGAGAGAGAGAGAAAGAAAGAGAGAAUGAGUGAGAGAAAGAGAGAUGGAUUUAUUUUUUUGCCAAGAGAGAAAUGGAUCAGAGAGCCAACGGUGUAUUUUUUGCGUAUUAACUGUACACAGAGGGCCGAUUACUCUGCUGCAUGUUCCGAUUGCGUGUCAUAGUCAAUCUGUUCCGUUUUGCGAGUAACGCGGAUCACUUUGGAUGCGUGUGCGCGUACGUACGCCUGCAAAUUGUGAUAUGUGUGCCCCGCGCACACGCAUAUAUGUAUACAAAGAAGAAUAUACAAAAGAUAUUCAAUAAAAACGCCAAUAUUGUGAAGUACA